GGUCUUUACUUAUGUUACGCAAUGGUGUAACACAGUAACCUGGCAUUGUGGCUGUGUGGGUAUCUCCAAGCUAAACGAGGUUAUUUGCGGACAAGAACGCAUCUAACAAACAUAUAGCACUUCGAUUUGUGGAGUCGGCGCUUGAGUUUCAUUUCUAUUUUCUACCUGUCCGCCAUGCAAGUCAUCUUGUGUUAUUCGGGACGGAGUUGGGUCAGUACGCAUUUAAUUGAGAGGAAAAGACAAUGUGGGCGGCUGAGAUAGGUUCAUCUAGUAAAUGACACACAGUCGAGGAGAAAAGUCUCCCGAUGUUCCAGGUUUGAAAGCAGAAUAGCAAUUCGUGCUGGUGACAUAACCCUUUCAGCCAUGGAGCUGCUGGAGUGCCCGCUCUGCCGCUUCCUGAUGUGGGAGCCGGUGAGCACGUCCUGCGGUCACACUUUUUGCAGAAGGUGUGCGGCCACCUACCUCCCGUCUAAAUGCCCCACAUGCAAAGAGAGGUUAAAACCGAGAGAAAUUAGGGGCAUGAAGAAUAACGUUCUGCUUAUUGGAGUCGUUGAAAAGUGCUGCCCCGAGGACGCAAAGAUGAAGUGCCAGCUACAGGAGAAGCUUCGGACCAAACAGUACCAGGACGCUUUACGCGCUGCCAACGACGGGAUUCAACAGGCCCCUGAUGACUUGAGUCUGAAGCUGUACAGAGCUGAAGCAAACUGUGGACUUUUGCAGUUCUCUGAUGCUCUGACCGACCUUGACUACCUCUGCUGUCUUCGGCCCAACUGGACUGAGGGCUUCUUUCGCAAAGGGAAUGUACUGUUGGAGAUGGCUCAGCAGACAGAAGCCCUCGUCCAGUUUCACCGUUGCCUCAAACUUCAAUCUGACUUUGUUCCCGCAAAGAAUCAGAUCAAAAAGGUCCUGGAAGCAGAGGGUAUAUCAGUGCCAGAGGACACAUCCAGCUUCAUGCAGGUGUUGGCUGAUUACCUAAAAGCAGCAGUUUACCCCAUUGUAAGCCUUAGUGGCACGCAAGGGCCAACAUACCCUGAGGGCCUCAAACAUCCACAUGGCGACGCAGGGGGCAAAGAAAGGAGAGAAACAUACCAGAGCGCCAAAGCGAAGCAUGACGCGAGCACCGAGUGCUGCCUGAGCAUCUGCCAAGCUGUUUCCUUUCUACCCGCCACUGAAGACGAUGAGGAGCCGAUGACGAGGAAGGAGGACGUCCAUGGCAGAGGUGCAAGUUUUAACUCUGGAGAUAAAACUCUCAGUGUGCUCUCUGUGUCAGACUUUGAGUGCCCGCUGUGCAUCAGGUUGUUUUUUCAGCCAGUUACCACUCCCUGUGGUCACACGUUCUGUAAAAACUGCAUAGAGAGGAGUCUGGAUCACAACCUUCGCUGUCCACUCUGCAAACAGCCACUACAAGAGUACUUAAAAAAUAGAAAGUACAACGUGACAGUGCUGACUCAGCACAUCAUGGACCGCCUUUUCCCCUCACAGUUGGCUGAAAGGAAACAGGUCCACGGGGCUGAGAUGGCUGAACUGUCAAACCUCACAAAGGACAUCCCUAUAUUUGUUUGCACUGUGGCCUACCCUGGUGUGUCCUGCCCACUGCACAUCUUUGAGCCACGCUACCGACUGAUGAUGCGUCGCUGUAUGGAAACCGGAACUAAGAAGUUUGGCAUGUGCAGUUAUGAACAUGGCAAAGGUUUGCCUUUCCUAAGCUUUGCAGACUAUGGCUGCAUGUUGGAGAUCCAUGGCCUAGAGCUGCUGCCUGAUGGACGGUCCUAUGUAGACAGUGUGGGUGGCAGCAGAUUCAGAGUUCUUAAGAGAGGCCACAGGGAUGGCUACCACACCGCUGAUAUCGAAUACUUGGAGGAUAUCAAGGUUGAAGGGAGUGAAUUAGAAAUUCUACAGGAUCUCCAUGAUAGCGUCUACCAGCAGGCUCAGGAUUGGUACCAGCGGCUUGGAAACCGCAUGAAAGAACAGAUCAACAAACAGUACGGCGCCAUGCCCAGUACUGAUGAAAACAUACAGGCCUCACCCAACGGUCCAGCCUGGUGCUGGUGGCUAUUAUCUGUCCUCCAGCUGGACCCUGCCUACCAAACCACAGUCCUCUCCCUCACCUCACUGAAAGAUCGUCUGGGACACCUACGUCUCAUCCUUGAGUACUUCUCUCAGAACUAAAUAUUUGAUGGCAUUGUAGUGACAAAAAAGGGUUUAUUACACACUCGGAUACAUCAAAUGAAGCGAAGAACCACUAGGCUCACUCAUAAAAUCGUAUUUGGGAUGAACUACUGUGAAUGAGAGAGGGGCUGUUUUAAUAUCACAGCUCAAAGCCAAAUCAUAUAGUGAAAGACAUAACAUGUAAUUUUAUUACAAAACACAACAGUUAUUCAAAGCUGAGUUUCAUACCAUACUUUUUCAUAAUGAACAUCACAGGAAUGAACACACAUCAUUGCCAGGCCUGCAGAGUAUGCAAAACUAUUUCUCACAUACAGUUCAAGCCAAAAUUAAUACACUAGCAAAACAAUUAUUUUUUUAAUAGGAAUCUCAAAAAGUGGAAAAUGACUGUAAGAAGUCGUGUUGAUGAAAGAGCAUUUCCAUAGUUCUCCUUGCGCUCGGAAUUGAGAGAGUAAGGUGCUAAUUUUUCCGUUUAUUUUCCAUGUACUCCCUGUGGCAAUUAGUGUACCCCACUUUGGGGAAUCUAAGCUCUAAAGCAUUCAAAUCAACUCGAUUUUGCAUUGAAUAUGCCUGUAUAAACAUUUUAUAUGUAAACAGUUUAUAAUAGUAGUUGUUUUCUUUUUUAUCAUAACACAAACAUGUUAUGUCCACUUUCCUGUGUCCAUUUCUGCUAAAAGUAAUUUAUGAGAUAAAAAUAUACUCAGUAAUUUUGGGUUAAAAAAAAAAGAAAAAAGGCUGAUUAUGGCGACUCCAUAAUCAGGAAAAAGACAAAAGAAAAAGAAGAACUAUGUUCAUUUUCCAAGUGCAGUAAGAGAGAAUUGUGGAAAAGGGGCACUAGGUGUCGCUGUUUUUCUCCACUUUGUACAUAAAUAAAAUAAUCAUCCAGGCAGAACCAAAUCCUAUAAUAUUAUAAAAUACGUUGUUAAAAUGCACAUUCAACUCAAUGUUUUUUUUUCAGGACUAUCCCCAAAUUCAAGUUUUGAAAAAAUAUGAUUUAAUGCUUCAUUAUUGCUUUUGGUUUACAGAAUAUUUGUCUGAUGUUCAUAUGUUGUUCUUGGUUGUCUGUUUUGGCCUUGGCUCCUUUUAACCUGAGUGAAGUUUAGGGUGACAUGUAACGGCACCUAACUAAAGACCUUUAUCUUAAAUGCCAUGACUUAGCUGCUUUAAAGGUAAACUGCCUUCAAAUCACCCACAAUGCUUAUGUGACACGUGAACACACGCCUUUCUGUUUUAUGUGCAUUCUAAAGAUAUAAAAAACAGACAAAAAAAAGAGACACCUGCUGAUUGCACGUAAUGGAUCCACCUAUGCCACCUAAAAAGACCGCUAUUAAAACACUUCCAACAAGGUUUUAUGGUAUUUUAUUAAAUCCUGUGCCCUUGUAGUAACAGGUAUUUCCAUGAUAACAUGUAAUACUUUUACAUUUGAAGCAUUACUUUUCCAAACUCAGAAGUAAAAACACAGCAGCAGUGGUGUCAAAUAUUGUAUGUAGCUUUAACUUUUUUUGUAGUGGUCUGAGGCAUUGUGAGCAUGACAUGCAGUGAUGAGCUGCCUCUUUUUAUCUAUUUUUAUAUCUUGACAACAUACAGAAAAAAAGACAUAUUGCAUGUGUUCAUGUCUCACACAUGGUUUGUGGAUGAUGGGCAAAAUUCCCCCCCUAAAGUGCAGUUUUUCUGUUAACUUUUUGUCACUGUGUGUCGGGGAACAAACAGACAUGGCCUCAAAUGUUUAGUUUGACAACCUCUGUGUGUUUUUGCAUGCAAUGCAGGCGGAUGUCCAUUACCAAUCAUCCUUUUUUGAUGAUAUUAUUAUGGCAUGGUCACGUUGAAGACGUGUCGCCGUAUCUAGAGGCAUAAGGAGGGAAAACUGUUAAAUAUUACGACCGUGGUCAAACUCGGGAUGAAUCCCCACAAUAACACCUACCUCUGGCUCAAACAGUGUCCCAGCAUUGCAUGUGGUGGGGGGGCUUGCUGUCAUAAAUCAUUUUGUUUUGAGUGCCUGUCACAAGAUCUGCAAGUCUUAACAGCUUGUACAUGACAACAAUCGCGAUACAUGGCUCUGGCAUACUGCUUUACAAAGAUUGAGUGCUGCAUUCCAUGGAAUGUCAAGGCUGCAUGUUAUCUAUUGAUUUGUAAAAACAAGCUUAACUGGGUGAUGCUAUAUAUGACACUAUAUAUUUUUUUUAACAUUAGAAGCGUGUCGUUGGUGUUAAUAUAUGUUUACUGCCUUUUAUAUAGUGGACAAGCAUCAGUAUUGCUUUGAUAGGCUUAGAAGCAGACUGUGUACAUUGAAAUGGUAAGUAUGAUACUCGCAUACGAGCCGCACGGUGGACCAGUGGUUAGCAUGUUGGCCACACAGUCAGGAGAUUGGAAAAACACGGGUUCCGCCUGGGCAUCUCUGUGUGGAGUUUGCAUGUUCUCUCCGUGCGUGCGUGGGUUUUCUCCGGGUACUCCGGUUUCCUCCCACAUUCCAAAAACAUGCAUGUUGCCUCAUCUCUUGUUUUGCCUUUACUUUACCCUUGAUCACUCUCGUAUAAAUCCUAUUCAUGUCACUGCAAUUCACAAAGACACUUUUACGCUGUACAGAGUAUUUAAUGAUCUCAAACAGCAAUCACAGAACAGCUCAUUUAUAUGUCAUGGAAGUACUACCGGUAGACAUGUGACAGUUACUAGAACCUUUUAAUGCGUUACUGGCACCAAUGCAUUACACUGCAGUCAUACGAAAUUUGUACCGUCUUUCAUCCUUGCAGGCAGGCAUUAGCUGUAACUGCUAGAUAACACAGUGGAUACCUGCAUAUUUUGAUCACUGGAUUGAUAGGCAGCACACUGUGGUAAGCCUGAAUUUCACAUGGACGUCAACAUGCUUGAGGUUGUGCUGUUUAUCUGCAGAGAAUCAGCUUCAUAUCUUCACCUUUACUCACAUAACAAAAACCACCAGUUCACCGUUACCCACUGUUGCCAAGUAUUUAGUAAGAAAAGUAGCUGCCGGCUCCGAAAAGUUUAUAGAUGAUGUAAUCAUAGGAGAGACAAAAACUGAGUGAAUACACUUCAUCAAAAUAAAAUAAUAUUUUUUAAAUAAUAUCAAGGAGAGACAAAAACUGAGUGAAUACACUUCAUCAAAAUAAAAUAAUAUUUUAUCUUAGGCAGCACCUCUUAAAGUUCUCUCAUUACAUGUUGGCACUUGAGAAUUUUUUUUCAUUCACACGAAUAACAGUUUAUUAUGUGUUUCUUCCGACUAAAUGUUGUUAGUGAGUUGCACACUCUUCUUGUGAAUAUUUAUAACAGCAACUAAGCUUCGCAAUAAAUAUAGGCAAUACAUUAGGUUUAUCAAUUGUUGAUGAAAAUAUGUCAUCCUAGUGUCAAAAUCCCAAAUUGGUAACCAUGCACAUACCUAAUAAAUUCUUAAAUAUAUACUAAUAUACAGUAUUGCCCCGCCACUUCGGGCUUCAAAUUUCAUGGCAUCGUUUAUUUUUUCAAAAAACAAUUAAUAAAUUAUGUUGUUUUGUGGUUGAAUAUGGCCUAUUAUUAGGAUUUUUUAAAAGCAUAUUUAAGCAAGCAAACGUUAUGUUUUUGUCUAUAUUAAGCAUUUUCAAGUAUGUAAGUGGCCAAAGGAACUUAAAUACAAAUAAGGCAUUCAAAGACUUGUGAUGACAUGUAGUAUUCUAGGGCCGUAACCCUCACCAAGUGAAAACUAGAUUCUGAAUCCCCCCCGACAACACAAGAGUCUUAUUUAUGUCUCAAUUUGCUUUUUCUAUUGUCGACAAUAUUGGGUAAUAUAAGUGUACAGGUGACUAUAGGGCUGUUACUUCAUGUCCAGAAGGCUCUAAUACUGUUAAAAACCAUUUGGAGGGUCGUAAAUAGGUUUUUUAUUCACAUAUAAGGAAUCCUACUUUGUGGAAAUGUACUUGGAAAUGCAACCGAUUAACUGCGAUACAUGAGGGAUUACUGUACAUGUAAAUCAAUACUGUUUUGUACUAAUGUACAACCUGCAAGAUAUGGUGGGAUGCCCACGUGUUACCCAACAUGCCUUGCGGGUUAUAUUAUGUGUUCCACAUGUGUUAUUUGUCUCAUUUCUCCUGUUGGUUAUUCCUGGUGUUUCAUGUUGUGUACAUAUGGGUGUAAAUUUAAAGCUUAUUCAUUUAGAGUCCUUAAAGCAAGUCAGUGCUACGCACAGUAGCAGCUGGACGAAACAGCAAAGCCCAGGCUUUAUCAGCGUGUCAAAAAUAGACAUUUUAUGGCCGUUUCAAUUACUCCCUGGCUUUCGCCAUUCACUAGCAGUUAUCCCUGCGACAAAUGGGGCUCUGUAAAACAAUUCACAUUGUCUUCAAAGACAGACAUAAGACAUUUAAAUUUAAAUAAACCAAAAUUUGGAAUGAUGGUAGUAAUAUGGUGUAGUGGUCACUGAUAGGCCUUUCUGAGACGUGACUGGCGAUGUGUGGUGUGCCCCCUUCCUAACACGUUUAAUGACACUUCUAACCAUUUCUGUUUGGUUUUUGACUGUUCUUCCAUCUCCAAACCAAGAGUUUCUCUGAAUAAUGUUUGUCCCUCCUUGUUAACUUUUUCAAUGUUGUUAUAAAUAAAACCUUUCAA